CUGAACAAAACAAAACCCCUGCGAUUUCAUGAAAUCAAUUUCUCUUCGAGAACCCCGAGGUUACUACAUUGUACGGUAGGUGUUUAAGAUAUCCUCUGUUCCCAAGUACAGCAGGGCAACAAUCAUACACUACCGGACCUAGAAUGACGAACGAAAAAUGCUGCCGUAAUCUACUGUUUUCGAUCGUAAUGGCGAUCUUGAUCUCCACAAAGGUCCAUCAACUUUGGAUCCUGACGAAAUACUCCCUUCCGCAAAGCACGCCGUACGAGCUCGACAUCGCCAAACCCAAAACCCCGAGCUUUCCUUUCCUGYCGCAGUUGGGGCGGAACGAGAGCUUCGGGGCCUGCCUGAUGGUCAAGGGGGACAAUGACCUCCUCACGGAAUGGAUCCCCUACCAUUACACGGUCUUGCCGUUGCGACACGUUGUGGUGGUCUCGGAUGCCGGAAACCACGAGCGUCCGGUCGAGGUACUGGAGAAGUGGACCGAAGCCAACACGGAUCUCGAGUGGUGGGUCGUUGAUUACACGGUCAUCGAGGAUGCCKAYAGUGCGUUUGACGAGGAAUACGCAAGGCGUAGGUACGAACAAAAAGCCGGUAGGUCGUCGUCGUCGAAAAGGACAGCCACCUACAACGCCACACACGCGUCUCCCGKCAAAAUCGGCAACGGCAUCGACGACGAUCCCGARMUGAUCAAGGACCUCGCGCACCACCACCUGGUKCACAAGCAAAAGGUAAUGGUCCGUUAUUGUGCAAAAUUUAUGAAAGAAAGGGGAGUCCACUGGGUGUCUAUGUUCGAUACGGAUGAAUUCUUGGUCGUCAACCGAAUGGAGACGGAGGAAGGAAGSAUCCCCCAAGCCAAGAAUUCUACCACCACAGACUCCAAAACGGAUGCCCSCGACGAGAAGUACGGCCCGAGGCCGUUCCUUCCCCCGAUGGAAUCCAACGCUACCGUAGUGGACAUGAUUAGCUCGCUCAAAGACRGGGGGCGACCSCUCCGGUYCUGUCACACCAUGCCAAGGGUGUCGUUCGGGGCCAACGAAAACUUUACGUGCCCCGGUUCGGUGCGCAUCAAGGAUUUUGCGAGGKCSAACUUUCGCUACGAGCGCCUUAGCACCCUCCGCUUCCAGAAACACGCUAAAACGGAUGACUUUUCGAAGAACCGGUGGGGGAAGGUGAUGGUCGACCUUUCGCUUCUGCCAGAAGYGACCCUCUCGAARRUGCCCCCCAACAUCCACCGGCCCUUCCAUGACGAGUGCACCCGACCGUUCGCUUUCGUGGAAAAAGCCCCCUUUUAUCUCGCGCACUAUUCCGGGGGCUGGGAGCGCUUCGAGGCCAGGGGGGACCGGCGGCGGGGCUACGGGGGAUGGAAGRAGCUGGCAGCCGUGGGGGACUCGGCAUCGUGCUGCAGGGAAGAACUCUACCGGUGGCUCCCGCGGUUCGUCGAARCAGUCGGUCUAGAUCGCGCCAGGUUUUUGCUGGGGGCCGCCGCGGCMGGGCAGGUGAGCAUUGCUGGAGCGUGAACGAUUUUGCAAAAGACACUGUGUCAGAACACAGUCCAGGGAAUGAGUAGAACACUGUAACUAUACUGG